AUGAAGUCUAAGACUCAGAGCUCUCUGCUGAGUUUCUUUAGCCCCCCUUCAUCAGAGGAUGCUUCGGCAAAGAAGAACAAAGCCCUACCAUGUAGCAACAAAAGUUCUGGGGAGAAGUUAUUUAGCUCGACUCGUAAGAAGAUUGAGUUCUCCCCCAAGCUGAGGCAACCGAUGGCUAACAAGGUAAAUGCGGUCGGCGAUGUGGAGAGAGAAUGCUUAUCUUCGAAGACAAACUUGAAUGCCAAACGCAAGACUUACGAGGACUUUCUUGGCACAAGUUCUGAGGAGGACGGACCCGUGACGGCAGACAAUUCGAAGCCAAUAAUGCUGAGGAAACGUGCAAGAAAGAUUGUCGUUAAAGAUGACGACGACUCGGACGACGAGCCUCUUGUGUCAGCUUAUCCAAAAGAGAAGAGUUCGUGCAGUGUUAUAAGUAGUGAAGAGGAAUGGGAUCAUGAGAGUAUAGAAAAAAGUGGCGAUGGCGAGGUGUCUGAGUUCAGUGGUGCAGAGGAAGAGCCUUCGGAUGAUGAUGAUCGGGUCGGUGAAGGCGCGGAGCGAAAAAAUUUGCCACUUCAAAAGCGAAGAAAAAGCGCUUCAGAAGCGAUAAAGAAUAACAAAGUAUUAACAAAACCCUUUUCGUCCCCUCCACUUGCGGCAAAAACGAAGUGGGACAAUGGAGCCUCUGCAUCGAGUAAAAUCUCGGCACCUUUGGUGGACCGUCCCGUUUUGCCCAGUACUGUGGCGGGUGCUGGCAAUCACAUGCACGAUUCGCUACCUUGGCUGCAUAAAGAUCGACGCGACAUUAAUGGCCAAACGCCUGACUCUCCAGACUACGAUCCACGCACUUUGUGGGUCCCGCCAGAGUUUCUGAAGAAAGAAACGCCGGCCAUGGUACAAUGGUGGGAAGUCAAGGCGCAGAAUAUGGACACAAUCUUGUUCUUCAAGGUUGGAAAAUUCUAUGAAUUGUUUCAUAUGGACGCUGACGUUGGCUUCAAAGAGUUGAAUCUCAUAUAUAUGAAGGGUGAAAAAGCACAUUCAGGCUUUCCAGAGAUCGCGUACUCCAAAAUGUCGGCUCAAUUAGUCGCUAAGGGCUACCGUGUCGCUCGUGUGGAACAGACAGAGACUCCUGACAUGCUCAAGGCCCGAAACAGCACACUAGCGAAGAAGGCAAAGGUUGUUCGUCGUGAAAUGUGCUCUUUACUAUCCAUUGGUACGAACACAGCCAGCUUUUUGGAUGCUCCCUUUUCAUCUCAGGAUCAAUCGCCCAAGUAUCUUUUAGCGCUCAAAGAAACUUGCGAUGUCACACAGAAAAAAGUUCGCUUUGGUAUUUGUAUGGUCGACUGUGCAUCUGGCGCCUUUCAGUUGUCUGAGUUUGACGAUACGGAGCAAAGAGACCGAUUAAAGACGCUGUUUGCCCAAUUUAAUGUUGUCGAGAUUGUAACUGAGCGAUUUCACAUUUCAACUGACACUAAAUUGUUACUGCAGCACACUGUACCUGCUGCCAUUCGCUCUGCCCUGCGAGUGGGGAAAGAAUUUUGGGAUGCAUCGAAAACGGUCGAUGAAAUUGAGCGUGCAGGAUAUUUCAAGGACCAUGGGUGGCCGGAAGAGGUGCUACAUUAUUUAGAAAUGGACAAAGCUGUAAAGCCUGAAGGACAGCUAGCCAUUAGUGCUCUCGGUGGUUGCAUUUGGCAUUUGCGACGUAGUAUAAUCGACCAAGAAUUGCUGUCGCUGUGUAACUUUAAGCGGUACAAGCCUUCGGACGAAGAAGCACGACAAGCUCGUGCAGAAAACAAAGCUCUAUCAGCUGCAAAAGCUGAACUAAAUCAACAGUAUGUCGUGCUAGACUCUCAGACGAUUCAAAAUCUUGAAGUGCUUUGUAAUAGCUAUAACGGCUCGCGCUCUGGCUCUCUUAUCGAUAUUAUGGAUAAAACAGUGACAAGCUUUGGUCGCCGCAUGUUCCAAGAUUGGGUAUUAAAGCCGUUGUGCAAAAUUGGCGACAUUCAAGAGCGUCUUGAUGCGGUUGAAGAGCUGGGAAACAGUAGUGAUUUGAUGAUGGAAAUUCGUGCCUAUCUUCGCUUAUUACCUGACUUGGAGCGGUUGCUGUCGCGAAUUCACGCGCUUGGAUCUGCGCAUCGAUCCAACGAGCACCCGGAUAGUCGUGCAAUCAUGUAUGAGUCUCAGAUAUACAAUGUUCGCAAAAUUAAGGACUUCCUAGCCGUGCUAAACGGAUUUGACAAGGCCAUGAACCUAGCAUUUGAGCUGGGUCCUCGAUUGUCGCAGUCUAAAUCGACUAUUUUACAGUCGAUUCUUAGAAGAUAUAAAAUUGAGGACGCUUUUCAGCCUAAUGUCAGGCAUGGCCUUUUUCCCGAUCUCACUGAAAAACUGGAGUUUUUUAAGCGCAGCUUUGACCAGACUUCAGCCAGGACAAGUGGCGUAAUCGUACCUCAAGCUGGUGUUGAUCCAGAAUUUGAUGCAGCCUGUAUUGAGAUUGCAAAUGUGGAGGAAGAGCUUGCAAACUAUCUAAGUAAGCAGCGCACGGCGCUUCGGUGUCAGCAGAUUUCGUACUGGGGGAAGAAAAAGGAAGAUCGCUAUCAGUUGGAGGUCCCCGAAAGCGCACUUUCAAAGCAGCCAAUAGAGUACGAGCUUAAGUCGCGCAAGAAAGGGUACAAGCGUUUUCAUACUGCAACAAUUCGUGCUUUACUAAAGCGAUUAGCUAAUGCAGAAGACCAAAAAGAGGGAGCUUUGAGGGAUCAGACUCGAAGAAUUUUUUACAAGUUUGAUACAGAUUAUAAGCAUUGGAUGAAAGCGGUUCAGUGUCUGGCCGUGCUGGAUUGCCUAGUCAGUCUUGGAUUACUCAGUAGCCAGAGCGAAGGAUACUCGAAGCCCGAGGUAGUGGCGGCAAGCACUGACAAUAAUGGAAUUCCUUUUAUUGAAAUUGAAGAAGGUGUACACCCUUGUGUAGCUGCAACGUACACUGGUGGAGACUUUAUUCCGAAUGAUACGCGGCUUGGCAUAGAAGGGAAAGGUCAAAUGGUUGUAUUAAGUGGACCAAACAUGGGUGGUAAGUCGACGUUGCUGCGUCAAACGUGCGUUUUGACUCUCAUGGCACAGAUCGGGAGCUUUGUUCCCGCAACAAAAUGUCGUCUGAGCCCCGUCGAUCGUAUAUUCACCCGAAUUGGAGCUUCCGAUCGUAUUCUUGCCGGCCAAAGUACUCUAUUUGUUGAGCUGGCCGAGACAGCGACGAUUCUCAAUCACGCGACCAGCCACUCGCUUGUGAUUUUGGAUGAACUGGGACGAGGAACGUCGACGUUUGACGGUACGGCCAUUGCAUUCGCAGUAAUCGAGCAUCUUCUAGGCGACAUUCAGUGCCGAACAAUGUUUGCCACUCACUAUCAUUCGCUAGUUGAAGAGUACGCGGAAAACGACAAGGUCUCGCUCGGCCACAUGGGAUGCAUUGUCGACUCUGGGAACGAACGAAAGGUGACUUUCUUGUAUAAGCUGGAGGAGGGGAUGUGCCCAAAGAGUUAUGGUAUCAAUGUGGCCAUGCUGGCCAACUUGCCGGACGAAGUUAUUCGUUGUGCCGCAAAAAAGUCGGAGCAGUUUGAGCGCUCUUUGCAAGCUAAUUCGCACAUCGACCAAACGAGACUUCAAUUUGCACAAACUGUAAAAGAACUGGUAGCACAAGGCGAGGAAGGCAUUGACAAACUCAAGCAGCUGUGGGAGUAUGCGCGUAGCAUAGCUUAG